CGUGUACCGCACAGCACAAAGGUGUCGAGGCCCCAACACGCGCUUUCUCCUUUCCCACCACCUCAGCUCAUCAAAAUUGCUCUCCGGGCACGUGCUCACCGACAAGACGACAGCCCCGAGCCCGAUCCCCAAACCCUCCACAUCCCCCGCCUCCAAAAUCCAAGACCGCCCUGACCAAGCCAUGGAACACGGCGACACCGCGACCGGCGGCGGCGGCGGCGGUGGGGGGACGAGCAUCCAGGUCACGGCCCUGGACGGCAUCGUGAACGUGAACUCGCUCUUCACCCUCGCCGCCUUCCUGGGCCUGGCGUGGCGCCCCUCCUCCGACGGGCCGGGCCUCGCCGACGGCGCCGACCACCUGGGCGCCUGCGCCGCGGGGGACCGCAUCGAGUCCGACCUCGUCUCCUUCCACGUCCUCGCCUUCGCCUGCUUCCUCUUCUCCAGCCUCGUCGCGCUCUGCCUCAAGCAGAUCGUCCGCACCUUCCCCCACUACCGCCGCUCCGCCGCCGCCGUCAGCUGGACGGCCCGGAUCAACCGGGCGGCGCUCCGGGUCGGGAUCCUGGCGUCCGCGGUGGGGUCCGUGUGCGGCUGCGGAUUCCUCAUGAUGGCCCUCGUCAACGUGGUGCAGGUGAAGCUCGGCCGCCUCGGCUGCGGCGCCGGCGGCAACGCGGCCUGGGGCGCCGUCAUCCCGCUUGUCACUCUCGUGCCGGCCGCCAUGCUUAUCUACAUCGGCAUCGUCUUCUACGCCUUCACCCGCUAGCUAGCUGGAUCGGCUUCCGUUGCAUUUUUGUUAUGCUUUAGAUCUGCCUGUGAUUGUGAUUAUACAGUACUGAGAUUGCAAGAUUGGGUUGGCGAAAAGAAUUCCAAGAUUGAACUGACCUAUCCGAUCCGAUCUUUACUUCGUGAUUAACCAGUGUUGUCGUCUGCUCCAUCGAACUUUGUGUAUGUUAGGCAAUAGUGAGUGACAGACAAUAUCAUUUUAUCGGAAAAACAACUGACAGACAGUAUAUAUUUCCGCAGAUCCUCAGUGAUUUUUCCAAGUGCAUUGUGCACGUACGUAUUUGUUUGUCUGGUAAUCAGUGGCCGACACUGCUAUGUGUUCGUCUCUUUGUA